UUUUGGACAUCUUUUUUCAACCGUGCGUAAGCACCCCAAUCGAAACCGAUCCUCCCGAUCUAAGAUUGUCGGCUUUGGAAGCCUCGAAGGGUUUCCUCUCAACUGGACAACUAAACUUCCACCUUUCCCCACUGCUGUUUCUUCAGAGUAGCUAGGGUUUCCCAAUCAAAUUCCAUCUACUUCUGUUGGAACUUGGAAGAUUUUUCCGUGGCGGGAUCGGAUUGAUUUUGUUCUUGCUUAAGAAUGUCGGAAAUUCGAUUUAUUCUUUCGUUUUUAGCGGAAUUCUUGGGAUGCUUGUUCCGGGUUUAACGGAAUGUAGUAUAGAGCUUUUGCGAUUUGAAUUAGACUUGGAUUGGGUUUCUAUAGGCUCCAUGAUCUUCGCGUAUAAUGAGGGGUAAAGCUUCCUGGUGCUCCUCGCUUACUGUUAGUACAUUGUCGUGAUGGCUGCUCCGAGGAGUAUUGUAAUCGAUACUGGGAGGCAGAGGGACGAAGAGAAUGCGAAAGAGGAUUCACCCACGAGUAAGAAACCCAUUUCUGCGAAAUUGGACGGUAGAUUUCCGUUGUCGCAAUGGGAGUUGGUUGUUGCUGUUAGUGUUUUUUUGCUUUUCUCUAUCGGUCUCUUUUGUGUCUAUGUCACCAUGCCGGCUGCCGAGUAUGGCAAGAUCAAGUUGCCUCGCUCUAUUUCAGAUCUCCGAGUUCUCAAGGAUAAUCUUGCAACUUAUGCAAAAGACUACCAAGGACAGUUCAUUCUAGGUUACUGUUCGACUUACAUCUUCAUGCAGACAUUUAUGAUUCCUGGAACAAUCUUCAUGUCAUUGCUUGCUGGUGCCCUUUUUGGUGUGAUCAAAGGCCUGGUUUUGGUAGUCUUCAAUGCCACAGCUGGGGCAUCAUGUUGCUAUUUCCUGUCUAAGUUAAUUGGGAGACCUUUAAUUAACUGGCUAUGGCCUGAAAGAUUGAGGUUUUUCCAGGCAGAGAUAGCGAAGCGUAGGGAAAAGCUGCUGAAUUACAUGCUUUUUCUGAGGAUAACUCCCACUUUGCCUAACACAUUUAUUAAUUUGGCAUCUCCGGUGGUAGAUAUACCUUUUAAUGUGUUUUUCUUGGCAACAUUAGUUGGCCUUAUUCCAGCUUCAUAUAUCACUGUCAGAGUCUUCAAUGUUUUAGGUUUCCCUUGCCUAAAUUUGGAUUCCCUAUUGGAGCAUGGAGGGAGGAAGUUUUAGCUGCAAAAGUGGAUCUCUAUGAAAAAUUGCCUUCUGCUAUAUUCUGAUCACUUCGAAACGAAGGGAACAGCAGAACAUUUGAAGAGAAAUCUUAUACUCCCUCUGCUAGCACUGUGAUUUUUGUUUUCGGCAGACUUUAGAAGCAUCAGUUUCUCUCUACUAUUUUUGAGAAUUGGGAUGCAGUAGCCUCAAUGAUUUUUCAUGUAUAUUGCUCUUUCCUGAUCAGUCUUUCUCAGGUUCUCAUUCACUGCUUGUAUACUGGCAUUAUCUCCCUCCUUUUUUUUGUUUAGUGAAAUGUUUUAGUUUAGGCGCAACCACCCACCCAUCGACCUCGAAGUUAAAAAAGAGAGGAGAAGAUGUCCAUUCCACUGUUUACUAGUGGUUCAGAGGCAUUUGUUUCAUAAUUCUUUUGUGAUGGGUGUAAUGCCCUUUAUAGUUUAUAUUGAACCUUUUGUGAUCCAGUGGCCUUCUAAAUAAAUUCCAUGGUAAAGUUUCGUUUCAGUCUUUGUCCACCUUAUUCAUUGCUCACAUAAAGCACAUAAUAUUCGGCCUGCGCCCUUAAAUUGUAUAACUUUGUGAUGCUCAAGAUAGUUGCAUAUGCUUUUGGUAUUGUACGGCUCUGUGAAGUCUGUUGAUCUGUCAUCUGACUAUAUUGUUUACAUAUGUAAUUGUGGUACUGGCAUAGACAUCUGGCAAAAUUGCCUGGGAAUUGGGUCAUGGCUUAUGGACAAUGGCAGGGACAUGGGAGAAACUCUACUGGAAUUCUAGUUUGGAAAAAUGUUGGAAGAAACUUUUAACUUUUAAUGUGCUAGAAAAUAUAUUAUUGAAAGAAAGUUAAAGGGAACCAGUUAAAAUUAAUUUUCUGUUUUUUUUUUUAGAAGAUUAAAGAAUUAAUGAGCACUGUGCUUGCCUGGCUGGCAGUGUUUCUCUC